AUGAAUAAGGUACCAAGUAAAUUAAGAGCUUCCUCUCUUAUUUAUAAACCAAAUCAUAAAAAUUUUCGUCCACUUUCAUUUUCAAACACGUUCAGUUAUUCUUCAGAAUCGAAAUUAAAACCGCAACAAAUUCAAUCUAUUGCCCCUGCAGGAACAAUUCUCAAAGGUUUAAAUUUUUAUAAAAAUGGUGCAGACCCAAUAGCAUUACCUGAUGACGAGUAUCCUGGUUGGCUAUGGGAAAUAUUGGAUAAAGAAAAGGAAGAACAACUUCGUAACGAUGUCCAUUCAAGACAAUAUCAUAGAAAACAAAGGAGGGACUUAAUCAAGGAUAAUAAUUUUGAUAGAAAUAAAAAGAAAUAG